AGCCGUCGGCGUAAAAUCCAAGCAGUCCCGAGAAUCACAUUCUUCUCGCGUCAGAUCCACGCGGUAGGAUAGAGGCGGCGGAGCAGAGGAAAUCGAAAUCGACAGAGCGAGGAGGAGCAGAUCCCAUGGAGGGCUGGGACAAGGGCACGAAGAGCGUGGUGGGCGAGAUCCCGCUGCUGUCGACGCGGGCGGGUCCUCGCGACGGCGAUGCGUGGCGGCAGCGGCUCAAGGAGGAGUACCGCGCCCUCAUCGCCUACACCUCGGUGAACAAGUCCAAGGACAACGACUGGUUCCGCAUCUCCGCCGCCAACCCGGAGGGCACCCGCUGGGAGGGCACCUGCUGGUACGUCCACAACCUCCGCCGCUACGAGUUCCCCCUCCAGUUCGACAUCCCCGUCACCUACCCUCAGGUCGCCCCCGAGAUCGAGCUCCCCACCCUCGAUGGCAAGACACACAAGAUGUACCGCGGGGGCAAGAUCUGCCUCACCGUGCACUUCAAGCCGCUGUGGGCCAAGAACUGCCCAAGGUUUGGGCUCGCGCACGCUCUCUGCCUCGGGCUCGCGCCGUGGCUCGCGGCGGAGGUGCCCAUCCUGGUGGAUUCGGGCAUGGUGAAGCACAAGGACGACGAGGCAGCUCCUGCAGACGCCGCGGCUGCGUCUGGCUCUGCUGCUGCUUCUUCUUAGCUCUAAAAUAAUGCAGUUACAUUGUGGAUGUUGUCAAGGGGAUUGGAGGAUUGAAAUUACACUGAUCGGUUGUGAACUAAUAAGAGCAAUUCCUAUACUCUAGUUAUCA